CUGAGUGUUAUUCAAGCUAUUCAGGAAAUUAAAAUGUUCUAGGAGCCAAAUUAAGCAGAAAACAGGUGAAGUUACUUUAUCUAAGCCCAACUAUCCAAAAUGCUAUCACUUCAACAUGUAAUAAACGUUUUAGUGGGGUAUUUUACAUUCCUUAUUUAGCAGUAAUCUAUCAAAAUGUAGUCCGUAUUAAACAUAGCUUGUCUUGGAGAUCAGCCACAUUUAAGGUUUGUAAUUUAUGUAUGUGUGGGUCUGUGCAGUUGAGGACAGGCAUCUGUGGAGGCCAGAAGAGGGCAUCACAUUCCCUGGGGAGGGGGUUGCAGGCUAGAGCUGCCCUGUGUGGGUCCUGUAAAUGGGACUCGGUCUCUGCAAGAGCAUUGCUCGCUCUUAACUGUCGAGCUAACCCUCCAGUCCCUUGGCAGAGCUGAGGGUAGCAGGUCUGGGAUGAGGGGAGUUGGGAGUAACCUUUCUUCUCCUAGCCUGCCCUUGAUAGCAGGAACCAGCCUUUGAACACAUCUGCCUAGCAGCUGAUUUCUUACUGAGGGAAGAGAAACAGGGGAUUCUAUGUCCCAUAGUUAUGCAGUAAAUUAAAAAAAAACAAAACAAAACAGCAGAUAUGUUCAGAAUUUCCAGCCUCUUGUACAAAGACAGCCCUCUCUGGGCAGUAAGCUUCUGUGUGUGUGCUCCCCACUGAGCAGUAAGCUUCUGUGUGCUCCCCACUGAGCAGUAAGCUUCUGUGUGCUCCCCACUGUGCUCUGCUUUGGCCCAUUGUGUACACUGGGUACUGCUCCUGGUGUUCUAGUAACUCGGCAAAGCACCCUUCCUGUCCGACCUACAGAGGAAAGUCAGGUCCUGAAAACUUUAGUGCCCUGCCUGGGGGCUUGUUACCCCAUGUGGCAGAGCUGAGACUCAUCUCCAGCUGUUUCCCUACUAGGAUUCAGUGCCAUGGACAUUAUCAUCUCUAAAGUAGGGGAAAGGUGGCCACUUUAGAGCAUUACACACAUAUACAUAUCUAUCUGCGUGCGUGUCCAUCAGUGUGCACAUGUGUGGGAGACUAACGUUAUAAUCAUAACCAUAGCAGUUCCUCAUCUCCCUCAUACACCCAGCCCUACAUCUAGUCUCCUCCCACUGGCCACUUGGAAGGUUCCAGAGUUGGCCAAUUGCCAUAGGCUUCCAUUGGUGGGGGUGGGACAUAGCCUGUGACGUCACUUUAGAAUCAGGUAGAACUCAAUGCUUGUGAUGUUUCUGGUUCCUCGGUUAGGGGAGCUAGAGGCUGUGGUGACCAACUGGUGGCACCAGCUUCCUUCUAUCUUACUGGGUAUAUCAGAGGUGGUCUGCCCGGACAGAGGAGUGUGGCCCUUUCUUCAAGCCCUCUCUGCACAUCUCUUCCCAGCAUCCUCUAACCAAGAUGCGUCAGCUCAAAGGGAAGCCAAAGAAAGAGACCUCCAAGGACAAGAAGGAGCGGAAGCAGGCCAUGCAGGAGGCCCGGCAGCAGAUCACCACUGUGGUGCUGCCUACCUUGGCUGUGGUGGUGCUCCUCAUUGUAGUGUUUGUGUACGUGGCCACGCGCCCCAUCGUCACCGAGUGAGCACCGCCAUCCUGGCUUUCCUCUGCAGACAUGUCUGCAAUGCCGAGCUCUGGGCAGGAGUGCCCUGUCUCCUCUGAUCUUUGACUUGAUCAAUAUUUCUCUACUUUUGGGGGGGAAGGGAAAGGGAACAUUUAUCAGUGAAUGUGCCAUUUACCCGAUGGUCCACUUCAUGUGCCUUUCAGACUUCAAAGCAGUGCGUGUGUGCGUGUGCGUGUGCGUGUGUGCGUGCGUGUCUCCCCUUUUCUCCUGAAAUCGACGCACAGCUGCACCUGGGGAGAGGAGGCCUCUCCGGGUGACACUGUGCUUCCUGGCUCCGUUCACAGCUUUCUAAGGGGACAGCCUUUCUUCUCUGUACUUGAUGGGAUGUGAAAUACGCUGACUCAAAGUGAAAUAUUUAUUUUUGAAUAAAGGAGAUAAUAGUCUUAAA